AGAGUAAAAAUAAGAAAUUAGUAUAUUUUUUUAUUUACCGAUCGUUUUGUUUUUAAAACGUAAAGAGUUAGAGAAGGGAGAAAGGAAACAAACAAAACAAAAAAAUAGUCAGCUGAGUUCUUUCUUUGUUUCUACGGAGUCAGUAUUAAGCUUUCAAAUUGUUUGACGUUAAAGCUCCGUUUCGCGUAUAACAUAACAAACAGAUGAAUUAGAAAACAAUCUUCUUCAUUUCAGUUUCUUUCUCUUUCUUUCAAGGGUUUAGGAAUUCUGACUGUUAUUUGAACAAUUCAAGGCUUAAGUGAGCAAAGUAUCUACAAAAUCCAUGGAUAAAGAUGGUAGGGUGGAAGAGAAUGUUGAUUUAAGAAAGGGCGUGGAAUCGGCAAGAUCCAUUUCUGUUAAGAAUUUUGAUCUUUUAAGGCCCUUUGCUCGGAGUAAUUCAAGAGGACAAGCAGGAGAUCCAAUGGCUCACGGAAAGGGAAAGUAUGCCUUAGUUAGAGAUCCAGAGGACUUCCAAUCAGGACUUUAUGAUAAGCCCCUCCCAUGCUUUGGAUGCGGAAUUGGAUGGUUCUCAUUUCUUUUUGGAUUUAUUUGCCCUCCUAUGUGGUUCUAUGCAACAAUUCUCUAUUUUGGGAAUCAUUAUCGGAAGGACCCUAGGGAACGGGCGGGGCUGGGAGCCUCUGCAAUUGCUGCAUUAGUGUGCUCGGUAGGGAUGCUAAUAUUUGCCGCAAUCCUUCUGUUAAAAAAAUCUUCGUCGCUCUAUUUUUAAUUCAAAUGCGAAGGUGGAAAUUGAGAAGCAAAUACAUUUGAAAGCGAUUCUGACUGGAUAUAUAAGAAACAAUUGAACAUAAGUAUAUAACAGCUUCAAUAUAGGUGAAAAACAAAGUUGCGUUUUGUUUGUGAAGGUGAUCCAGCGCUGAAAAUGUCUGCUACACUGAAAGUUGGGAGAAAAUGAUACGUGGCUUUCCUUCUUAUUUGAUAAAUUUUUCUGAAUUGAUGUAUACCUACUAUAAAUUUGAUGGUGUGUACAUUAUUAUUAUUUUUUUUUAAUAUAGCAACUGGAAUGUUGAAGUGCAUGGCGUCGGCAAUAAUAAUAAUAAUAAUAAUAAUAAAGCAAACAAGAUUCUUUUGUAUGAUUUGUUGUGCAGACUUCAAAAUUGUCAAGACUCCUAGUAUUUAAUACUUCCUCGGUCCUUAAUGUAACCUCUCUUUGCUUUUUUCACA